AUGACAGUUCAAGAAGAUAUCAAGAAAGAGGCCGCAGAUGGAGGAGAAGUGGCGUUUGCGGUUGCCGAACCAUUGACAUCUGGCUUUACUGGAACUGUUUUCAAGGAAUCCAAAGAUCAAACGGUUGGCAUUGCGUUCAAACAAGAACAUCCAGACCACCCCGUCACCAUAUCCAGAAACACUGGCCUCUUUGCCAACACAGACUUGAAGGUUGGAAUGGAGGUUGAAAGCAUCAAUGGUGUUUCUAUUGAUGGCUUUACACGACUUAAGGCAAUUGGUUUCAUUAAAGAAGCCGAAGGACAAGUGACAGUAGUUGGCAAAGCAGUCAAAGGCGGAGCAGUUGCGGUUGUCUUCAAAGAGUCAAAAGACCAAAAGUGUGGGAUCACCUUCAAACAAGAUGUUCCAACAGAGCCAGUGACUGUUUCGAAAAUUGGAGAAGAUGGACUCUUUGCCAAUUCUGAUUUGAAGGUGGGAAUGGAGGUCAUCAGUGUCAACAACAUAGCUGUUGACGACAUGGACAAGCAUCAAGCAAUUGCAUUGCUUAAGGAUGCCGAAGGAAAAAUUGUUGUUGUUGGAGCACCCGCCACAAACAGGCCCAAGAAAGCAGCAGCAAGCACUGGGGCCACCCCCCCUCCAGGUGUCGAAGCUGGUGGAGAGUGGGGAAAGAACAAAUUCAUGGGAGAACAAACUAAGAUGCUCAUGUGUUUUGGAUGUCUUUGUUUUGGGCUCCCAGGUCUUUGCGUUUGCUUUUGUCCUCAAGACGAUCGCGAUGCCUACAAGCUUGGCAACGCAAUUUAUGACGCAUCUGGUAAUCGUGUUGGAACCUAUCCAGGUGACAAUUGGAUUCCGACCCGCAACCAAAUGCAGCGUACCUAA